CGCAACACAGCCACGGCGUCCAGCCGGAGAUAGGUUUAUAGCACACUAAAGACUGGAGUAAUCCAUAAUCAUUAUUACUGUAAUUCAAAAAUGACGGUGACAUAUCCCGACCCUGGUGUGGGAGUAACGACAUUGGAGAUGUCGGGCGCACAGAAUUUUGGUUCCAACCAAACCGUAGCCGACAAAGUCACCGCUGACAUGAUUCAUCUUGUCGACCCUCACUGGUACCAAUUUCCACCUAUGGAUCCCUUGUGGCACAGUUUACUGGGAUUAACGAUCGGUAUCUUAGGCAUUGUUUCUAUAAUCGGUAAUGGAAUGGUCGUGUACAUUUUCACAACUACAAAGAGUCUCAAAACCCCCUCUAACUUGCUUGUGGUAAAUCUGGCUGUCUCCGAUUUGUUGAUGAUGAUAGCGAUGUCUCCAGCUAUGGUGAUUAGCUGUUAUUACGAAACAUGGGUUUUUGGACCAUUCGGUUGUGAACUAUACGCAAGCACAGGUUCUAUUUUCGGAUUCGCAUCCAUUUGGACUAUGACUAUGAUUGCUUUCGACCGGUAUAACGUUAUCGUAAAUGGAAUCGCAGCAAAACCAAUGACUACCAAUGGGGCACUAUUACGUAUCUGUGUGAUUUGGGUAUGCGCUGUCAUAUGGUCACUUGCACCCUUCUUUGGCUGGAAUAGAUACGUACCCGAGGGCAACAUGACUGCGUGCGGACUGGACUACCUCACCAAGAACUGGUUUAGCCGUAGUUACAUCCUUACCUACUCCUUCUGUGUUUAUUAUACGCCUCUAUUACUAAUUAUCUAUUCCUAUUACUACAUCGUUAAGGCCGUGGCAGCUCACGAAAAGACAAUGAGGCAGCAAGCCAAAAAGAUGAACGUGGCCUCACUGCGAUCAGUGGAUGACACCAACACAAGUGCAGAAUGCAAAUUAGCUAAGGUGGCACUAAUGACCAUUUCGCUUUGGUUCAUGGCGUGGACUCCGUACACAGUCAUUAAUUAUACGGGAGUUUUCGAAACUGCAUCUAUCAGUCCUCUAGCUACUAUUUGGGGUUCCGUUUUCGCAAAGGCCAACGCGGUUUACAAUCCAAUUGUUUAUGGUAUUAGCCAUCCAAAAUAUCGAGCUGCCCUCUACCAGAAGUUCCCGUCAUUGUCGUGCCAGCCAUCGGCAGAGGAAGUCGCAUCUGUGGUCUCAGGAGUAACCACAUGCUGUGAUGAAAAACCAUCUGCGUGAGCCUCCAAAGGACCGAUAACCAAAGACGACCGACACGCUGUGACUUCGUGGAUCCGAUUCUGCUACAGAAAAACUAUAUUUAUUUUUAUAAAAGAACAAUAACUAGUAUAUAAAGUGAAAUGUGAAAUCUUCAACACGAUGCGAGCUAGCUGCAUAAUAUACAAGAUUUCUAAUGCACUCUAGGUUUUAAUACCUUAUUUUGAGUUUGAGUUCGAUGCGACAAGUUGAAGAUUUCCAUGCUUUUGAUACUGUUUCUGUUUGUAUGCAUGCUGAAGAAAAAAA